CGCCUGUAUUAGGUUGGUAGGGUUUUAGCUCCGCACUUCUCACCUCUCUGUCCAGCUUCUACAACAAAAAAGCGAAGCAGCUCCGAGCCCUAUUAACGAAGCCCUAGUCGCCAAAGCAUCCAUGGCGACAACAAUAGCUUCACAGUUGCAGGCCGUAAGGUCCUUCUUACAAGUGGACCCAGAGCUCCCUAAAAGGCCCUUCACUCGGCCCUCCAUCAUCUUCGAUCCCAAAGAAGCUGCUGACAUCGAUAUUGACACCAUCCUUGGCAUUGCCCUUUCUGGUUUAGAGGUUCUUUUAGGCAUUGAUGUACAUUUUAGAAACUAUAAGAAUGACUUAUUUAGCCACAAAAGUAGAGAGUUGGAUAGAGAACUGAUGGGCAUUGAAGAAAACAACCGCAUUAAUGGAUCAAUAAGUUCAUAUUUGCGGUUACUAUCUGGACACCUUCAACUACCUUCUGCACUUAAAACACUGGAAUACUUGAUACGCAAAUACAAGAUUCAAGUAUACAACAUGGAAGAAAUGAUCCUUUGUGCUUUGCCUUAUCAUGACACCCAUGUUUUUGUGCGAAUUGUUCAGUUACUUGAUACAGGAAAUAGUAAAUGGAAAUUUCUAGAUGGUGUUAAAGCAUCUGGUGCUCCACCACCUAGACAGGUCAUAGUGCAGCAAUGCAUACGUGACAUGGGGGUUUUGGAGGUUCUAUGUAACUAUGCAUCUCCAUCAAAGAAGUAUCAGCCCUCAAGGCCUGUCAUCAGCUUUUGCACAGCAAUUGUUGUUGAGGCUCUGGGCUCUGUCACAACUGUUGACAAUGAUGUUGUGAAGAGAAUUCUUCCAUUUGUUGUUUCUGGACUUCAGCAUGGUGCAAAAGGAGGCCCAGAUCAUAAGGCUGGUGCUUUGAUGACCAUUGUUUUACUAGCAAACAGAGCGGCAUUAUCUCCUAAACUUGUCAAUAACUUAAUUAGGUCAAUUGCUGAGGUAGCUCGAGAAGAUGCAAAAGAAUCAACUGACUUGCAAUGUUUCCGCACGUCUUUGAUGGCUUUAAUCAACCUUGUUCAGAUGCAAUCUGUUGAAAUUUUCCCCAAGAAGGCUUUGGAUAUGCUGAAUGAGAUUAGUGAUCUUUGUGGUGUGCUUACGGGGCUCUUCAAGGAGUUCAACAUAGAAAGGUUCCUUGCCAUUUUUCUCGAAUCCUUGGCUGACUACAGUUCUUCUGAUGAUCGGUGCCAUCGAGUUAUGAUGUCAAUUAUAGAGGACGUUCCUGUGAAAGGCUUUAUUGAUCGCAUAGUCUCCAAGCUGCUUUCUUCCUGCAUGAGGUUAUCACAGAGGAUGGGUGAUUCUUCAUCGUCAGGACCAGGAAUCUGGGCCAAGCAAAUUUUGGUUAUGAUUAAUAAGAAGUAUCCAUCAGAAUUGCGUGAGGCUGUUCGCAAGUUCAUGGAGGAUGCCAAAGUGCAGUCGAAGAAAGAGGGGUCUAUAAUUGAGGUUUUGUGCCGGAGGUUAGAUGGGAAUUUGGACACUCCAUCUGAGAUCUCAGAUUCAAAAAUUUGGCUUGCAUUGGAACAUCCAAAGGCUGAAGUCCGACGUGUUACACUGUCAAAUCUGGCCGCGUAUGGAAUUUUGGAUGACAACAUAGCUAAUUCACAGAGGCUUGUAAAUCUUGAAGAUGCGAUAUUGCGCCGGCUGCAUGAUGAUGAUCUGACUGUUGUUCAUGCGGCUAUGUCAUUCCCUAGUUUGCCUAAACUGUUGAGUUCUCCAUGUCUUCUGGAUGCAUUUAAGGAUGUACUCCAAAGAAGUGCUGAUAUUUUGAUUCAGGGAUAUGCAGACGUGCAUCCUCAUGUGUGGGCACAUGUGGAAGAAGGUGGAUGUGAUACUGUGGAGGAACAGGUAUUAAUAUCUGAUGCAUUUGCUGCUUUUGAGGCUGCCUUUGGUCUGAAGAUGAAAUUAAGCAAGAGUAUCUUUUAUGUGGAUAGGGGGCCAGGUGGGCAGAGAAAUGCUGAUAUUUUUGGCUGUGUCAAUGAUGGUGGGAAUGGAGCUGCAAUUCUGGAGGGGUUCUUUCUGUGGAAAAAUGGGAGGCUCGGCCUUGAGACUGCCCGGGGAUUGAUUUCGGCAUGCGGAGUGAAUGUGAAGGGAAAUGUGUCUGGCCAUUUUGCCACGGCUAAGUCGUUGGGUGUACCUCUCCUUUGGGUUCCUUUUUCCUGGAACUGUAGCUCUGUCACACCCGACUGUUCUUCUCCCCUGUACCACAUUGGGCCUGUUAUGGAUUGCCCUGCCCGCCAUGACUGUGUCUUUGCGCAGCUGGCAUUGUGCCUGUGCUGCAUGGAUGCCUAUGUUGAUUACCGUUGGUUGUCUUCUUCCCCCCGGUGUAAUGAGGCAAGUCUCAAGAUUACUUGCUCUGCUGUAUGCCAGAUGCUUGAUUUAGUUUUAAAACGUGAAGCUUCCAUAAUUGAUUUGACAUAUGCAAAGAGAAAAAAGAAAGCACUAAAACAGAAGAAUUCUGAUCGGCGUCCUAAUGCGAUCGGUAGAGGCGAAAGCUCACUUUCUUUUCUUUGCUCUCUGCUUGAUAUUCUGUUGCUGAAGAAAGACAUAGAGAACAGGGCUUCUCUUAUAAGGCCACUAAUUAUGCUUCUUGGCAAAAGUUUUGAGGAAGAGUGGGUCCGUGAGGCUGUCGACCAGCAUGAGAAGGGGGCAGAGUCUUCAUUCGGAAUUUCUCAAACUGUUUCCAGCAUAAUAUGUUAUAUCCAACAGACCUCUUUAUUAAUUUUGCAAGAUAUUGCUGCUUCGUUCAUAUCUGACCUUCCACCAAAUGAUGGUGUUAAUGAUUUUGAUGUGGAAUUGUUGGUUGAGUGCGCCCGCUCUACGAAGGACGCAGCAACACGUAAUCAUGUGUUCUCUUUGUUAUCUACAGUUGCAAGGGUUUCUGCAGAAAAAGUUUUGGACCAUAUUGUAAAUAUUCUUUCUGUUAUUGGGGAGUCAGCAGUGAUUCAGUAUGACAGCCAUUCACAAUGCGUGUUUGAGGAUCUUAUAUCUGCCUUAGUUCCAUGUUGGCUCUCUAAGACUGACAGCGUUGACAGCUUGCUUCAGAUUUUUGUAAAUGUUUUGCCUGAUGUUGCUGAGCAUAGAAGGUUGUCUAUUAUUUUAUGCCUGAUAAGGACACUGGGAGAAUGUAGUAGUUUGGGUUCAUUGCUUGUCCUCCUUUUCCGUUCACUGGUUUCAAGGAAAAUGUUAUCUUGCGAACAUGAUAAUACAUUACCCUUCGAUUGUAUUAUAUCAAGUGCUAGUGGAGAAUGGGAAUAUGCAUUUGCACUCGAAAUAUGUGAGCAGUACUCAUGCAUGAUAUGGCUUCCUUCUCUAGUUAACCUUCUUCGUCAGAUUGGAAUGGGCGAUCUACGCAGAGAAUUGUUUGUGGAAUUGCAAUUUGCAGUGCAGUUUAUUUUAGAUAAGUUGCAAGAUCCAGAGUUUGCAUUCCAGCUUGACUCUGGGGAAGAUGCAGAUAAUGUACAGAAAACACUUGGAGAUCUUAUGGAGCAGGUUGUUUCUCACUUACAAAGUGUUAGCUCAAAAAAAAAGCAGAUCAGUGUUCCUGGCAUCAUAAAAAAAGAAUUAAAUGAGUGUAUGCAUACUGUCUUGAGGUCUGUUACAAAAGCUAUGCUCCCCUCAGCAUACUUCAAUGGAAUCAUGAAACUGCUGUCCCAUGCAGACAGAAAUGUGAGAAAAAAGGCUCUUGCGCUUCUAUGCGAGACAUUGAAGGAUAAUGGGGCAAUAAAGCGGAAGCAGGGGAGAAAGGAAUUGAAUUCUAAUUCAAGUACUCGUUGGCUUCAUUUGGAUGAAGGUGAUCUGAAGUCGUUAGACAAGAUGUGUUUAGGAAUUAUUCAUUUAGUUGAUGAGCAUAUUGAUGAUUCAAAUGCUUCCUUGAAACUUGCGGCAGUUUCUGCUGUUGAAGUUUUAGCCAGCCGGUUUCCUAACAAUUAUUCUAUCUUCAGCUUGUGCCUUGCUUCUAUCAUUAAAAACAUCAACUCACACAGCCUCACCCUCUCUUCAAGCUGCCUUCGAGCAGCUGCUGCUUUGAUCAAUGUGCUGGGGCCAAAGGCACUGUCUGAACUUCCUCGUAUUAUGGAGAAUUUGUUUAAGAGAUCUGAUAAAGCCUCCUCAAGUUCAGCUGCAAAAAAUAAAUGCCGUGAAGUCAGCAUUUCUCUUGAGUCAUCAAUUUCUAAGGAAUCACACAUGCUGUCUGUUCUUGUAACAUUGGAAGCAGUUGUGGGCAAGCUUGGUGGCUUUUUAAAUCCAUAUCUCAGAGAUGUUAUUGAACUUCUGGUGCUACGUCCUGAAUAUGUGUCAGUGUCUGAUCUAAAGUUAAAACUGAAAGCUGACAGCGUACGCCAGCUUAUAACAGAAAGAAUUCCUGUUCGGCUUGUGCUUCCGCCUCUCUUGGACAUAUAUUCUGAUGCUGUUAAGUCUGGAGAUGUAAGUUUGUCAAUUGCUUUUGAAAUGCUGGCAAAUGUACUUGGUACAAUGGAUAAGUCAUCUGUUGGAGGUUACCAUGCAAAGAUUUUUGACCUGUGCUUGCAAGCUCUUGAUCUUCGCCGUCAGCACGUUGCUUCAAUUAAAAACAUUGAUGUGGUGGAAAACACUGUCAUCAAUGCAAUGGUUGUCCUGACAAUGAAAUUAACGGAGUCCAUGUUCAAACCUCUUUUUAUUAGGAGUAUUGAAUGGGCGGAAUCAAAUGUGGAAGAAAGUGAAUGCAGUGAAAACAUGAAUACAGAUAGGGCUAUUUCUUUCUAUGGGUUGGUAAAUAAACUUGCUGAAAACCAUCGAUCCCUAUUUGUCCCAUACUUCAAAUAUUUGCUCGAGGGUUGUAUAAGGCAUCUUACAGAUGCUGAAGAGGCCAAAGCUGUUAGUUUGACUCGAAAGAAAAAGAAGGCCAAGCUUCUAGAAGGAAACUGUGCUAAUGGUGGAAAAAAUGUACUCUCACCCCAAAAAUGGCAUCUCAGGGCAUUGGUCUUACUAUCCUUGCACAAAUGUUUUCUAUAUGAUGCUGGAAUCCUGAAGUUUCUGGACCCAACCAAAUUUCAGGCUCUGUUGAAGCCCAUUGUUUCGCAGCUUACAGCAGGACCUCCAAUGUCCAUUGAAGAGCAUUCAGAUAUACUGUCUGUGAAGGAAGUUGAUGACUUAUUGGUUUCAUGCAUUGGUCAAAUGGCUGUUUCCGCUGGAAAUGACCUUUUAUGGAAGUCCCUGAACCAUGAGGUGUUGAUGCAAACUCGUAGUGAACAUGUGAGGACUCGGAUUCUGGGGCUUAGGAUCAUAAAAUACCUAGUGGAGAAGCUGAAAGAAGAGUAUCUGGUGUUCUUGGCUGAGACCAUCCCCUUCCUUGGUGAGCUUCUUGAGGAUGUGGAGCUCCCUGUCAAGUCUCUAGCACAAGAGAUUCUCAGGGAAAUGGAGUCCAUGAGCGGUGAAAGUCUUCGACAAUACCUCUGAUGUGUUCGGCAGCCUGUGCUCCUACUUUUUGUUGUGUUCCAAAUGGAUUAUUAUUAUUAUUAUAUCCCAAGUGAUAUUUUGGGUCAGCAAUGUACAGUAAAAAACAGCGCUUUUGCGCACUGUAAUUUUUGUCUUAAACCAUUUGACAGGCAUUCAAGGGAAAUGUAAAUAGUUGAGUUCUAUGUGGCUUUCUGCCUGGAGCACCGCCCCUCUGCUUCCCACGAACACCAAAUGCCAUUGUUUUGUUUUCAAUGAAGUGAAUUUUGAAUAGUGAGUCGUUGAAGUGUGGAGGCAUAUUCUUUCCUUCCUAUAUUUUUCCUAGAAAAAUAAAUAAUUGGACUUGGAAUGCACAAA